AUGACGAACACUACGUUGCACCUUGCUCAGACAGUUCAAAGUUUAUUAAACAACAAUGUGUACACCAAACUCAUGGAGUUUCUGUCAAUUUCAUGGAUGAGCAUUUCAGUUCUUGGUAUCAUUGGUAACAUUAUUAACAUUAAAACUUUCACCUCAGCCAAACUUGAAGACGGCAUGAGCAUCGCAUUUUUAGUUCUAUCUUUCUCAGAUCUUGGCUUUCUUGUGAUCAUGUUUGGCGUUGGGACAUCAUCCAUCUUUUAUGUAAUUGAGGUUCAGAGCGAAUACCAUAGAUGGUUUCAGGUGGAGCCGUACGGAACGACUCUUAUUUUAACCAACACCGGCAUUAUGUUUUAUGUGCUAACAGAACUAACAACCACAUAUGUGUCUCUUGCUCGGUGUAUGUGUGUAACCAGACCUCUUCAUUUCAAAAACACUUUUACCAGAAGGACUACGCUUGUAUGCACGCUAACUUUCGCAACGUUUGGAUUGGCUACUAGUAUUCCCGUUGUUGUAAACAUGGGAUUCAAAGAAGGGUUUGAUAUCCGCGUUAAUACGAGUCGCACGACGCUAUGGCUAUCGCCAAAUCGAGAGGCCAUCAAACGUGGUGUCUGGGGCCUCACGGACAUCUUCCUCCCAUUUACAACUCAAAUUAUUGUCCUUAUAUGUCUUAUUGUUAUGGCAAACAAGUUAAGAAACUCUCUUAAAUUUCGGCAAGCCUUCAAGACUAGUGAUGCAGAAAAUAAAUUGUCAGAUACUAACACAAGAGACGCUAAAACACAACAAUCUUCUAAAGUCGAUAGAAAAGACACGAACAUCAUCAAGCAGGUAAUGCUACUUUCUGCUGUGUACAUCGUCUGCAACACCCCAAAGAUCAUCAUUAACAUAACUGCCCUUCUCGUCGAUGACUUCACCUUGGGGAGAAGAUACCAGAAUCUCUAUUUAAUAUUAAAUUCUGUGAGAGUUUUAUGUGAGACGGUCAACUCAUCGGCUAGUCUGCCUAUUUAUUACACAUACAAUGGCAAGUUUAGAAUCCUGAGAAGGAAAUAA